GUUUUGUCUUUGCUUUGAUUGAAAGAAAACAAAACAAUAGGUUUCGAAAUGGAAAUAAUUGCUAAAGAAUUAGGUUUAUGUUCUAAGAAUAUUUUCUUAACAUCCUCGCCGAACCUCUGUGCUGUUGUUGUUCAUACUACAUGGUUGAAGAAGUGGUUGAAAAACGCGGAAGUCGACAAUUCUGUUAACUUAAUAGAUUUUAAUUUACAACCUGGUGAAAGUGUACCUUAUCCAUUUAAGAAAAUAUUCAUUAGGGUAUUACACAAAAAGAUCUCCAAAGUUUUACCUCUGCCAAGAUAUAAAUUAAGCGAAUGCCAUACAGAACUACCACUAACAUACUCACAACUUCUCCAAUAUGUGUCUCAAAACAACCAAAGAAACCUAUGGAAAGAAUCAUACAAAAAAUAUUGUCAGAACCUUGAGUCUUCUCAAGGUAAAGGUAAAGAAAGUACCAUAGUUAAUUUACUAGAACAUGACCAGUUGUUAACUGAAGUAAUACUCAGAAUAUAUGGCUGUAAUAUAGUUAGAAUUAAGCAUGAUGUUUCCGGAAAGCUUCUAGAGUACAAAGAGAUUAUACCUAAUAAAUAUGUAUCUAAAUUUUAUGAGACUCAUGUCAAUUUACUGCCAGCAUUGUUAGUUCUGGAGACUGACAAUAACUAUUUUAUAUUAUAUGGAGAGCACUGUGGAAAUAGUCUACUAGAAUGCCUUAACUUUAGUCCUCAUUUAAUAGAUAUGAAUUAUGGACAUGGCCUUUUCAUCAUUUACCAAUUAUUACAUGUAUUCAAAGCUGUGAGUGAAAGAGGAUUGAGUUUGGGCAAGUUGACAUUACAAGAUGUGUAUUUGUCUGAGAAUUUAUGGGUUCAGGUUUUGCCUAACAUUACAAACAAUGUGCACUGCUUGGAUGCCUCUUUGAUACAUGAGCGAAGCAAAAGUAAGCAGAGCACUCCAAUAGCCAACUCAAGCAGUGAAGACCAAUGUAAAAAAGAGGAAUGGUGCUGGAGGAAUGAUGCUAUUCAGUUGGAAAAGCUAUGCAUGUUGUGGGUGAGAGGUAGAAUUUCAAAUCUUGACUACUUAUUACACCUCAACGCGCUGGCUGGGAGGAGUGCAACUGAUUCACAAGCCCAUUUCAUGGUACCAUGGGUCACAGACUUUGCUUCAAGAUGUGGUCAAAACUGGCGGGACUUGAGUAAAUCUAAAUAUCGCUUAAACAAAGGAGAUAGGCAGCUGGAUAUGACAUAUGAUGUCAGCAGUCCUGAGCAAAUUCCUCAUCAUAUAUCUGAUGCACUGUCUGAUAUAACUUGCUAUGUGUAUUUAGCACGAAGGACACCAAAGGAGGUGUUGUGUAAGUAUGUACGUAACAAAUGGGUGCCAGCCGAGUAUCCCGUCUCCAUCCAGCGUAUGCAAGAGUGGACUCCAGACGAGUGCAUACCAGAGUUCUAUACAGAUCCAACAGUUUUCAAGAGCAUACAUGAGGACUUGCCGGACUUGGGUAUUCCAUCAUGGGCGACUUGCGCGGAAGAUUUCAUAACUAAGCACAGGGAAGCGUUAGAAAGUACACACGUAUCCGAAAACCUACACCACUGGAUCGACAUAUCUUUCGGAUAUAAGCUUUCGGGGUCCGCGUCAGUAAAAGCUAAAAAUGUAUGCUUGUCCCUGGUUGAUGGGCAUACGGUUCCUCGUAGAGGGGCUACGGUGCAAUUGCUCACGGCGCCUCAUCCAGCAAAGAUGUCACGACCUCCCCCGCCGCAACCCCCGAGACUCCAUUGGACCGCACCCAGGGAUUCCAAAAAAUCGAUGAAGGCAGACAGUUCUGAUGACAUGACUGAUGAAGAAGAAGAAUCUACCAGCCUUCCACAGCAUAUAUCUCGGCUAAGUGUGACCCCACAACGGGUCCGAUCACGACACAAAAGUAGCAACAGAACUCGAUCACUUUCCAAAGGGCAACCACAUGAUGAUAUAACCCAUUCUGAGAGUAGAGCAUCCUCACACAGCCGGCAUUACCGUGUGCAACGAUCCGAGCUUGGCAAAGGAGUGAUAUAUCUACCAAAGGAGUUCAACCCUGUCGCUUCCAUACAAGCUCUAGAAGCAUUAGACAAUUUCAGAACAAAAUGCUUUUUCAGCAGAACAGAAGACAAAUCAAAAGAACCAGUCACCACGUUGAACUAUUUCCCUAUGCAGCAGGAAGUCGCAAGGCCGAGCGGUGCCAUCAACGAGGCGUCAGAUGAAACAGCUUUCACCAACCACAUGUUCCUCGCUUCCUACGAUCAAAGUUAUUUGAAAAAGUUUACUCAGGAUGCUCAUUUCGAGUCUGUAACAAAAGAGAGAAAGAAUAGAUCUUUUAGUUCCAAGUACACAACCGAUGCAAGUGUUUACAAACAAUUUGUAACGGAAAGUCGGCGGCAAGAUAUGUUGGUCAUUGGGUGCCUUAUUGUUGAAAUUUUCCUACACCAAUAUAUGCGGCCUUUAAGAAGUUCCAGCGACAGCUUCAUGGAGCGGUACAAUAGCUGUAGGACUGUCGUAAAAUAUAACUUUAACGUAUUGCCAAAGUGUGUCAGUUACAUAACAUCCUUAUUAUUAAAUGUUCAACCUCCCAGUUUGAGUUUUAGAAACGAAUUGGCGCCAAAGGAUGAGAUUUUAAAGAAGAUAAUAAUUACCAAUAAAGGUCUACCUCCACCGACGCCGUCACAGUUGCUGCAGCCCUUGUUAAUGCAGCAUUUGAUACCAUUUCCUCAUAGCUUCAUUAUAUUGUACAAACUCCUUAGCACCCUUCACGAAUAUGAAUUGACAAGUAAUGAAUUGAAUAUCUUGUUCAUGUACGAAUGUGAUGGUGUCCAAUGUGAAAAGUACCUGAAUGUUGAUAAAACAAAAUUGCAAUUUAGCCAAAAAAUAGCUGAAGGGAAAAUUCAAGCUUGUGUAACUCACUUAGAUGUUCUUUUGAACCAGAUCACUUGUUAUAACCAGUUCGAUGUUCUCGACAUUUUCGUCAUACAUUACGUAGAACUAUUACGAAAUAAAGAAACAUCAAUAUUAGCCGCCUGGUAUUUGUUUGAUACAGUUAGCAAAGCUCUAGGACCAGCCGCAACGAAAACGAAACUACUGAAACACAUAUUGUACCUCUAUGAAGAGGAGGACCUAGCUGAAAAACAAGAGCGUCAUAAAUCAAUAGAUGUCGACAUCUCGGCAGAAACCACAAUUCUGUCGAAUAAACAAAAGUUUGUAAAAUUAUACCAUAACAUUUUUCUUCUGCAGCUGAUGGUACGACUCGGCCUACAAUGUUUCUUAGAUAAUUUCACUCAACAUCUUGUGGAAGCAGUUGGUGGUUACAAAGAUGAAAGUAUGGAGGUCGGGUCUCCUGGACAUAUAUGCAACAGUAAAGCAGCAGCUAACAAGAAACCCAGAUAUUCUGACGAUAAUGUUAAGAACGCUUUGACGACUGGUACUGAUAUCUUUUCACCAGAUACAUCGUACGGAUCAGAGCACGUCGUAACGCCUCAUCUCGAAAAGUGUCCGGUAGAUGUAAUAGAAUUAAAGGAAAAGGACAGCGACACAAGAAGUGACGGUGAAUUGUUUCAUUUUGAAAGCGACAAAGAACUACCAAGUCGAAAUAGUAGAAGCAAAUCUCCGGCAGAAUCGAUUGACUCGUAUCAUUCCAAUCAAAAUGAAACAGUACCAUAUACUCCUUCGCCAUCUAAAGACGUUAUUUCACCAGGCACAUCGAAAUAUUUCACGCCUAGUAUAAAUUCGAAGGAUUUAAGUGUGACAGUAAACAACCCAUCCGAUCCGGUAUCUGAGACUCCAAAGAAACCCAUGUCACCUACAAUAGAUAUUCCAACAAAGACUAUGUUUACAAGCUAUUUACAUUUCGCUGACGACGAAUCUCGUCAAGACGAAGUGGAGGGCAAUUCUCGUUCACGACAAAUCAAAAGUCUCGAACUUAAUCGAAACUCAGAAAUACAUCACGCUCAGACUUGUCGGAGUUUUACCGAUAUCGAUAUCGGUGAACCUUGCAAUGAUUCGACGCAAUGCAAAAUAUCAGACAUGAGUUCUGAAAGUUUAAUCUGGCUAGCUCAUCGACUAGGUCCUGUACUUACUUGUAGAUAUAUAGCAAGGAAUUUGCUCAAGAUGUUGACCUUAUGUUAUAUCGGAAAGGAAAAUUUCACUUUGUGCGAAGGAGAGGAAAAAGAUGAGUUUGAUGACAUAUCCAUUGUCGAGUGCCGUGUUGUGGGCGACAGGAAUGCCAAGAAAGUUAUCAAGUGCCUCACUUCUAUUGUAGCUAUGUACGGCGAGCAGCUCAUAAUAUUCCAAUACCUGCCUCACAUGGGUGAAUUGAUAGCGUCUUGUCGCCGACGGCUGUCAGCCCCCUUGGAAGGCGGAGUGGUCGCUUGCCUCCAACUCGUCAAGUACCUGCUGCCUUAUAUGUCCGAUGUGAAGGUUAUGGAACAAUUGUUGGAUACGUUCCUAAAGUCGAUAUUGCAACCAGCCUUGCGCCUAGCGUCGACUAGCCGGUGCUCAUACCCCAGCGGUGCCGCGGCGAGGUCGGCUCUGGCUCGCAAGCUGCUUGAAGCGCUGCAUGUGUUGGCGCUCCGCAUCGGUCCCGAAAUGACUAGAAAACACCUCUGUGUACACGCUUUGCAGAGAUUCUUCUUAGCAUUCGAUAAAGCUACUGGAAAGACUGAAAAUUGGCCGAAACAGGACGAGGUUAAUCCUGAUAAGAUUUCUGAAGAGGGUCUCGACAACCCAGCGGACGGUAUCGUGGAGUUGUGCCGCGACGGCUCCACGUGCGAGUGGCGCGUGCGAGAGGGACGGGUGCUGCGUGCGGACUUGCCCGAUCUCGCUUGCACACCGCCCGCCCCCUCUGACCGCUCCGCCGAUCCUGCCGCGCUCACUGCGCAAGAAGAAUUGCUAAUGGUAUUUGACGAAGAGCUAGCUUACAAAGCGUACACAACGUUUGCGGACUUCGUGGGUACCGACACUAUGGAACAAUGUCUGAAAAACAUCGACACGAUACGCGCGCUGUGCUGCAAGUACGAGCAGGCUCACAGUGUUAGUAGUCCACUGAUGAUCCGUCCAGAGAAACGCGUCCAGACCUCCUUCAGCGACGAGCCGAUUAGUCGGAAGACUAUCGACAUUACCCCUUCCAAGUCCGACCUGUCCGAACACUUGUCCGGGUCGAACAGCUUCGGCUCCAACGUCACGUUGGUCGGGAAUAGAAUUGACGUUGCCGUAGAACCGGUGGGAAUCGCUAGAGGGCUGGAUGUGGUCGCUUGCAAGAUAGACAACGGUGUGAAGAGCAAUAGGCAUCUCCGCGGCGAUUGGCUAAUAUACUGGGAGCACGAGAUAGGUCGGCCGGACAAGGAGACCCGCUUCAACCUGAAACAGAUCAAACUGCAGACCUUUGUGGGUCACACGCAGGCGGUGAAAUCUAUACACUGUCUGGACAACGAGCACAGCUUCAUGAGCGGCUCCAAGGACAAAACCGUGCGCCUGUGGUCGUUAAGGAAUCAGGGUGAUGGCAAUGCGACUACUCACUGCAAUUGGACAUACACGGGUCAUAAGAAAGGAGUUUUGUCGUUGGCAUUCCUUGAGUCGAUGCGACUAGCGGUGUCCAGCGACUCGGUGGUGCAUAUCUGGGACCCAUUCAUGGAAAGCGUUGUGUCACAGCUGGACAAUAUAAGGGUGCCGGUGAGCAUAGUUCGUACGCUAGGUGGCGCUUCCACAGCUGUGUUGGCGGCGACCACGGACGCUACGCUCAAGUUCAUAGACGCACGCGCAUGCAACUAUACGCACGAUCUGAAGUUGCCGAUGAGUACGACGACGUUCGUUCGUUGUAUGUGCGUUUGUUCAAGCGGCGCUUGGGUGGCAUGCGGAUUGGCCAGUGGACAUGUGUGCGUGCUGGAUCUGCGUACCGGCCUACCGCUCGCUCAUUGGCGGGCCCACGACGGAGAGGUUUUAAGGCUAGCUGUGGUGGAUGAGCACAGAUUGCUGAGCUCUGGUCUCGAUCAAGCAACGGCGCUGUGGCGACCUGAUGAUGGCGAAUUGAUAGCUCAUCUCAAGGGCAACACAGAACCGGUGCACUGUCUAUCAGUCUACUACAACGAGCUAAUAUCGGGUACUACCAACAACCGAAUCGGUGUACACACUUCCUUAGGCACAGACGCUAGUUUUUCCAGCACUAAACUUAGGUCCGAUACUUUUAGAGGAGUGCUGACUUGCCUCGCGACUUUACCUCUGAACCGGCUACUUCUACUCGGCAGCGACACUGGCGCCAUUACUUUACUAUGCUGAGUUAGCUUAAAUUGUUAUGUUGUUUUUCUAUCACAAACUUUCUUUAAGUUGGAAAAAGUUUUAGCCGACGCGGCGGACUCGUUUACGUCAUCCAAGACAGCUGUAAACAUUUUAUGGACAGAAAACUACUCCAGGGUUUCACACAAAGCUUUCUUAACCCUACCUUUUUAACACAGAAGACGUGUGACGUAAUAAUCGCCAUGAGCUUUUUAUAAGAACUUACGUUUUCACACUCAUUGUGUAUGACAUAGUCUGAGAUAAUAGCAGCUUCUCCAGCAUGAAACUAGUGCCCGAUACUUUCUGAAGAGUGCUGACUUGCCUCGCGACUUUACCUCUAAUUUAAAGUACCUAACAUGAACCCUGUCAGGGUAUCGCAAUAUACCUCUAAUUUCUCCUUAUAGGUUACUUUUAUUUGGCAGCGACAUAGGUGCAUAUUAAAUACCCUAGAUGCACCACGUGCGCUCAAAAUGUGGUACAAUCAAGAAGUGCUUGAACGUCACUAGAGCACUUCUUGGUUCAUAGUCACGCGCGGACCGUUGAAAAUUCAAGUUGCCGCAGAGCUCCGUGAAAAAUAUGCGAAAAAAAUACUAAUAGUAUGUAAGUGUCGUUUUUUCGACAGGUAUGUAAACAAUGUUAGUUAAUUUAACGCUUUUGAAGCAAAAUUUGUUGUAAUACUUACUAUAAACUAAUUUAAUAGAAAAUACAUGUGAUUUUUAAAUGCAUGGUCGGUUAUAUAGCCAGCUCUUUUCCUCGCGGUCCGUACCUGCUAUAUUACGAACAGCGCAUUCAGAAUUAUUGCGCGAGGAUUCAAAGAAAUAAGGUCUAUUUUACGACUAUAUUCUUCCGCAUAUAGUCGUAAAAUUUUACGAGCUUGCAUUUCGAACUGUCAUAACUCUUUGACGCAUGCGUUUUAAUUAAGACCUUAUACAGUAUGCAUUAAAGGUGACAUUCAAUGUUUAAAUAAUGCCUUAUAUUGGUUUUGACAACGCGAUCAUCUUGCGGAGCUCCGUGGUUCGUCCAAUGUACCUUUUGGGCAAGUUUCGGGCACGAUUUUGUACGUGUUGGUGUAUCAAGGGUUCUUUAAUAUCGUUGGCUGUGUUAGUUUAAAAUAAGAAUGCUGUAUCACAAUGUUGUUAACAAAACUUGCCUAAACGUGGAAAAAGUAUUAGCAGACUCGUUUGCGCUAUCGAUAACAGUUGUAUUAUGUGGACAGAAAUCUACUCCAGAGUUUCUCAUCUGCCCAAGCAUUUUUCUUGGAGAUAACGCAGUAAUUUUCACAUAUAAGCCGUGUGAAUAAGACGGUGAUAAGUAUUCUUAGAAAUCAAGAGCAACACGUAAUGCUUGAUGUUUUAUCACGAGAUGGACACUGGACUCACUUGUCUAAUUGCCUCGACCGGUAAACCGGAUAUACUGUCCAUCUGUUUAGUUUAAUGAGUAAUAAACUGAAAUCAUUACUUUUAAAGACAUCACUUUAAUAAUGUAAAAUUAGAGUUGAAACGGUCAUGUGUACAGAAAGAUGGACUCAUUGUUGUCAUUCAGUUUGGUUUGGACAUCGACUUAAGACAUAUUAACGUGAGUUAACAGAAUAAUCCCACACAGACGGACUGUAACGCCAAGGAAUUCUCACCUGCAUCAUGAUAUUCCUUAGAAUUCAUGACUUAUAAAUAAAGAGGGAUAAGCCACUUUUUAAUUCGUCCAGAAGACUUAGGCAUUGAAUUAUUAUAAUGACGCCUAACUAAUUGUAGGUAAGAUGAAAAUCUGAUUCUUAUACAGCAAAAAGUAAAUAUCAAAAUCAAAUGACAGUUUCAACAAUAAAUUACAAAACUUAUAUAAGAAAAUGUUAUAAUUUUCUGUUAUUGAUUUGCAAAAGUAAUAUAAAGAAAAAUAUUUAAACAUGAAUGCUGUAUGACAGCACUAAAAAUACUAUAAAGUAAUAAAAUUGUGUAACGACCGUGCACUCAGAGACUCCAAUUAAAUUUAAUGCUUGUUGUAAGUGACGUGCUGUCUUACUAUUGCUUUCGCGAAGAAAGUACAGAUCUCGGCCAUUUAUAAGUCGCAUCGAGCUUUAAAAAGAGAUACUCGGCUAGCUUCGGCUUCGUAUAGCGCCGUCUCUGUCACCCUUGUCAACCUGACCUUUAGACGUUGAACUACGACUGACAAGACCUUUAGACUUGUCAGUCGUAGUUCAACGUCGUUAAAGAGCAGUCGCGUUCUCCUUAAAAUAUAUAUACAGUGUUGCUAAAACAAAUAUGAAUAUAAAUAUUUCGUGAGAGAAAAAAAAAAGGAUUAUGAGGCAGUAAAUAUUUUAUGAGAGGCUUCGUUUAUCUAUUAGUUUUUUGUAUUUUGUUGAAAAUCUUUUUGUAUUGAUUUCUAAAAAAGAAACAAAAAAAGUUUUAGCAGCUCUGAAUAGUUACCGGACUGUUAGUGUUUCGUGUGACAGAGAUGACGCUCUACAAAGCCGAAGCUAGCCGAGUAUCUCUCUGUAAAGCCCGAUGCGACUUAUAAAUGGCCUGGUACUGUAGCAACGAUAACUUUGAUAAAAUUCUAAAAUAUUUGAUGUCAGUGCGGAAGAAUUAUUAUUAUUAAAGUUAGCAUAAAUAUUUAUUAUAAACAGUACUUAUGACACUUGAUUGCAUUACAUUUAUAUUCCAUUGCUGUAUUUAAUUUGCUUAAGUAUAUAUUCCUUGUUGUAUAUUUGUAGUUAUUUAUUAAUAUUCUGAAAUCAAAAGUAAAACAAUGUGAGCAGAAAAGUUGGAAAAUAUUUAAAUUUACCAUAAAGGAAUGUAUAAAUAUUCUGUAAGAUUUUUUAAAAAUAUAAAUAGCACAUAAUACAUACUGACAUUUAUUUUGUAUAUAUGUCGCAGUAAGACGUCCCUAGAGAUAUAAUUAUACGCCGUAACAUGGUUAUACGAAAGCGAUUUAUAACUAUCUUCCUAGGAAUAUAAUUAUAAACGUUUCAAGUUUAGAUAAUUAUAUUACUUUAUUCAUUUUAGAAAAUUAGUUGUAGGAGUUUAGAUGUCAUGUUUCCGGUUCUUGUCAGAACAAAAAGUCUCAAAACUAUUGAUUAGUUUUAAGUAUUUUACAAACACCAAGAUUUUUAAUUAAUAAUUAUUCGCAUUUGUAUUUUUAAUGCUUAAUAAUAAUAUAAUAAUAAUAAUCAUUUAUUUGCCAAAAUAUGGUUACAAUAGUUGUUAGCUCUUUAGUUUCCAGCAUAUUUUGUUGAAUGUCAACGUGCAAAUAUUACAUAAUAUAAAAGACAAUUAAAUUAAUGAGGUUCACUGACGUCAAAAUAAAUAAAAUUAAUUUAAAGAUAAUAGAUAUACGCAAUGUCACAAAAAAAAGUACUUAUAAUCUAUGCAUAAUUAAAAAAGUCAGGAAAAAUUGCAUCGAUAUUGAAUUAAAAUGUCAGAAAAUUACAUAUAUUUAUCAUUUACAUAAUUUAUACUAUUAAAUUAAAUACACACGAAUGUCAACCAAAUAUAUAUUAGGGUAUUUUAUCAUUUAAAAAAUCAUUAAUUGUAUAGUACAUUUUGUUGAUUAAAAAUGUAAAUAAUUCAGUCCUAAAUUUGGUUAAAUUCAGUUUUUUUAUAUUUGAGGGUAACUUAUUAAAUAUACGAAUGGACAUACAAUAUGCAUUUUUGGAAAAUAUCAUUAGUCUUUGGAUUGGAACACAUAAGUCGUUCCCUUUCCUACCUCUAUAUUCAACAUCUU